AUGGCAACUUUCGAGGAGCAGACGCAGCGCGUGGUGGAAGCCCUGUUCUCCGACCUCCUGGGUGGAGAUGAGAGUGACUGCCGGAGCCUGGAGAUGGAUUCGGGAGGGCCCGUGGCGUUGGCAGAAGAGCCCCCAACCAGCUUCGACGCAGUGGUGGUGGCCAGUCGCCUGCGGCGGAUGGGGGACCAGUGCAACAUGGACUUCGAACGGGUUUCCUCAGAGGCUCUCGCUGCGGUGCUGAAGGGGAAGGUGGAGAAGUUCCCGGCUGCCGUGGAGUCUCUCAGCAGGAGCUGGAGCAACCAGAACCCCGAGCUGGUCUAUGAGAGAGCUUUCCUCUGUGUUUCUGUGAAAUUGCUGAUGUAUGUUGCUAAGAAAGUCUCUGCUAUGGUGCAUCCCAGCCAACUCAUAAGCAUGAUUAAUGGGAAUUCUCAAGUGAGAAGCUACAUUGAGGGCUGCGGCGGAUGGGAGAACUUGGACAAUUGA